AUGGUGAUAAAGUGCUGGACCAAACAGAGGGAAGAUGACCGAGGAGAUCGACGCAGCGGCAACAAGGGCCGUGCCAUUGGGCUCGUGGACGCGGAGCAAAUCAAGUCCAAUGGCACGGCUACAACGGCAACGGCAACAACUAAGACCAUGAUCGAGUGGCGUUUGCUGUUUUGCUGGAAUGCGAGCUUUCGACAGCCAAGACCAUGGUGGGAAUGUGGGCGAUUUACAGCAGCAACGUACCACAUCUUCAAUGAAAAGUCCAAGUUUGAAGUUCUGGACGAGCGCAAUGAAGGUGAUGUGCUGGUUGCAGACGGAAACAAGGCUGCGAUCAAUAGAGUUGGGACUAUCGUCGAAAAGGUGGUCCUACCAAACGGUGAAGAGCGCGAAGUUGAAAUCGAGGAUGCACUUAAUGUCUCAAGCAUGAACAAGAACCUACUGUCGAUACCCCAGAUUAACAAAAGCGGCAAGUUCCAAGUGGUGUUUGAUAAAAGUGAGAUAAAGAGUUUGCACAAAGACUCCAAGCAAGUGGUGGCGAUGGCGGAUAUUAUGAAUGGACCCUACUGGCUUCGCACAUCACAACGAUCUGUGAUUGCUACUUCGCGGCUGAAAUUUGAAGAUAUCUAUGCGCGAAUGGGCCAUGCUUCAGUCGACGUACUUCGCAAGAUGGUGACAAGCAACAUGAUUAAAGACGCUUACAUCCCUUUCAAACCGAAUGGACCAAGUGUGUGUCGAGGAUGUCAGGAAGGGAAGAUGGUUCAAAACCAUUCUCGAGAAACCGUGACAAGCGCACCUUCAAUACCUUCGAGAUGCUCCACUUCGACACCUGAGGACCCAUGGAAGACAAAUCUUUAA